UAUUGUCAAAAGGUGAAAUGAAACAUCACAGGGCUGAACAUGUAAACAAAAAAUUACAUAAAUGUGAUAUGUGUGGUAAACAAUUUUCUAGUCUGAAGGGACUGAAAGCUCAUAUGUUUGUUCAUAUGAAUGACAAGAAAUAUAUUUGUGAGAUUUGUGGGAAAAGAUUUGUACAAACCAUAGGCCUUAAGAUGCACAUGGAGUUUCAUCAACAGUCCAUUAAAUGUGAUAAGUGUGGACGCUGCUUUUCUAAAAGGGCACAGCUAAGUUUGCACAUGAAAAUUCAUCUGAGAACCGUUUUUCCCAAAUGUGAAUUUUGUGAUAAAUCUUUUAAAACAAAAGGUGUUCUCCAAAGGCACAUGCGUUCUUUUCAUACCAUUGAGUCGUGCGAUAUUUGCGGACUACAAAUUCACCGACAGUUGAUGGGUAACCACAAACUAGCUCAUGAGUACGAGAGUAAUUCACGAUAUUUCAUUUGUAGUAUAUGUGAAGACAGUUUCAAAACUGCAGACAGCUUCCGAACUCAUCUUGAGAUUCACAAGGAUGUGGACCGACCCUAUGCAUGUGAAAUUUGUGGAAAAACUUUUAUCGCAAUUAAGAGUAUAAAGGAUCACGCACGUUCGCACAUAGAGCGUUCAGAUAUACUUCAAGACUCAAAAGAUUCUGAUAAAAAUGGAAGAGGUAAACAAAACUUACAAAUGCUUGAAGAUCUGGAGGAUUCUAUUGUUGAGAAGGUGUUGUUCCCAUGUGAUUUGUGUGGUAAGAUAUUUUCGCGAAAAUGUCUUUUGGACGUACAUUUACGAAUCCAUCAAAUUGUAGAGAAGAACUGUGAUAAAUGCGAAAAAACAUUUAAGACAGAAAUUGCUUUGAAAAACCACAUUGACUUAGCACAUAAUGAAAAACCGUGUGAGGUUUGUGGUAAAAUAUUGACAAAAGGUGAACUGAAACGUCACAUGGCUGAACAUAUACUCAAGAAACAAUACCAAUGUGAUAUGUGUUUUAAACAAUUUCCUAGACUGAGUGGACUUAAACGGCAUAUGACUGUUCAUGUGAAUGACAAGAAAUAUAUUUGUGAUAUCUGUGGGAAAAGAUUUGAACAAACAACGGGCCUAAAGAUGCACAUGAGGUUUCAUCAGCAGUCCAUUAAAUGUGAAAAGUGUGGACGCUGCUUUUCUAAAAGAGCACAGCUUAGUUUGCACAUGAAAAUUCAUCUGAGAACUGUAUUUCCCAAAUGUGAAUAUUGUGAUAAAACUUUUAAAACAAAAGGUGUUCUCCAAAGGCACAUGCGUUCUUAUCAUACUACUGAGUCGUGCGAUAUUUGUGGACUACAAAUUCACCGACAGUUGAUGGGUAACCACAAACUAGCUCAUGAGUACGAGAGUAAUUCACGAGAUUUCAUUUGUAGUAUAUGUGAAGACAGUUUCAAAACUGCAGACAGCUUUCGAACUCAUCUGGAGAUACACAAGGACGAGGACCGACCGUACACGUGUGAAAUUUGUGGAAAAACCUUUAUCGCCAUUAAGAGUAUAACGGAUCAUGCACGUUUGCACAUAGAACGUUCAAAUACAAAUCAAGACUCAAAAGUUUCUGAUAAAAAUGGAAGCGGUAAAAAAACCUUACAAAUGCAUGAAGAUCUGGAGGAUUCUAUUGUUGCGAAAACGAAGUUGUUGUUCCCAUGUGAUUUGUGUGGUAAAACAUUUUUGCGAAAAUGUCUUUUGGACGUACAUUUACGAAUCCAUCAAAAUGUAGAGAAGAACUGUGAUAAAUGUGAAAAAACAUAUAAGACAGAAAUUGCUUUGAAAAACCACAUUGACUUAGCACAUAAUGAAAAACCGUGUGAGGUUUGUGGUAAAAUAUUGACAAAAGGUGAACUGAAACGUCACAUGGCUGAACAUAUACUCAAGAAACAAUACCAAUGUGAUAUGUGUUUUAAACAAUUUCCUAGACUGAGUGGACUAAAACGGCAUAUGACUGUUCAUGUGAAUGACAAGAAAUAUAUUUGUGAUAUCUGUGGGAAAAGAUUUGUACAAACCACGGGCCUUAAGAUGCACAUGAGGUUUCAUCAGCAGUCCAUUAAAUGUGAAAAGUGUGGACGCUGCUUUUCUAAAAGAGCACAGCUUAGUUUGCACAUGAAAAUUCAUCUGAGAACUGUAUUUCCCAAAUGUGAAUAUUGUGAUAAAACUUUUAAAACAAAAGGUGUACUCCAAAGGCACAUGCGUUCUUAUCAUACUGCUGAGUCGUGCGAUAUUUGUGGACUACAAAUUCACCGACAGUUGAUGGGUAACCACAAACUAGCUCAUGAGUACGAGAGUAAUUCACGAGAUUUCAUUUGUAGUAUAUGUGAAGACAGUUUCAAAACUGCAGACAGCUUCCAAACUCAUCUUGAGAUACACAAGGACGAGGACCGACCGUACACGUGUGAAAUUUGUGGGAAAACCUUUAUCGCCAUUAAGAGUAUAACGGAUCAUACACGUUUGCACAUAGAACGUUCAAAUACAAAUCAAGGCUCAAAAGAUUCUGAUAAAAAUGGAAGAAGUGAAAAAAACUUACAAAUGCCUGAAGAGUUGGAGGAUUCUAUUGCUGCGAAAACGAAGUUGUUGUUCCCAUGUGAUUUGUGUGGUAAAACAUUUUUGCGAAAAUGUCUUUUGGACGUGCAUUUACGAAUCCAUCGAAAUGUAGAGAAGAACUGUGAUAAAUGUGAAAAAACAUUUAAGACAGAAAUUGCUUUGAAAAACCACAUUGACUUAGCACAUAAUGAAAAACCGUGUAAGGUUUGUGGUAAAAUAUUGACGAAAGGUGAACUGAAACAUCACAGGGCUGAGCAUGUAAAUAAGAAAUUACAUAAAUGUGAUGUGUGCGGUAAACAAUUUUCUGGACUGAAGGGACUAAAAACUCAUAUGUCUGUUCAUGUGAAUGACAAGAAAUACAGUUGUGAUAUUUGUGGGAAAAGAUUUGUACAAACCACGGGCCUUAGUAUGCACAUGAGGUUUCAUCAGCAGUCAAUAAAAUGUGACAGCUGUGGUCGCUGCUUUUCAACAAGGGGACAGUUAAGUUCUCACAUGAAAAUUCAUCUGAGAACAGAAUUUCAGAAGUGUGAAAUUUGUGCUAAAUCUUAUAAAUCAAAAGUCGUUCUCCAAAGGCACAUGCGUUCUUUUCAUACCACUGAGUCGUGCGAUAUUUGUGGACUACAAAUAAACCGACAGUUGAUUGGUAACCACAAACUAGCUCAUGAGAAUGAGAGUAAUUCACGAUAUUUCAUUUGCAGUGUAUGUGAAGACUGUUUCAAAACUGCAGACAGCUUCCGAACUCAUCUUGAGAUUCACAAGAACGACGACCGACCGUACACAUGUGAAGUUUGUGGGAAAACAUUUAUCACAGUUAAGAAUUUAAGGAGUCAUGUACGUUGGCACAGAGAACGCUUCGAUACACAUCAAGACUCUGCAACUUCUUACGAUAAAAAAGGUAGCAGUAACAAAAACCUACAAAUGUCUGAACUUGAGAAUUCUUUUGGUCAGAAAACGAAGCCAGUGUUCACGUGUGAUUUGUGUGGUAAAGUAUUUCAGAUAGAUAGGCACUUGCAGAACCAUAUAAAGAAGGUUCAUCGGGUACUACCUAGUUAUAUAUGUGGUGAGAAUAUAGCACAUAAUCAAAUGUCUCUUCAGAAGAAAACCGUGCAUCAAAGUGACUGCAUUUGUGAUAUAUGUGGAGUAAGCUUUCCAGAUCUUAUAAAGCUGAAAAGACAUUCAGAGAAACAUAGAACAUCAAAAUUCCAUGCAAAACCAACAAUGGGUUCAACCGUGGAAGAAAAUUUUAAAUGCGAUAUAUGUUGCAAAGAAUUCACAAGCUCAAGAAAACUGUUUUGUCACCGUAAGUUUCAUAAAAAUACAUGCAACAUAUGUGGAAAAUGUUUUUCAGGAAAAACAGCUUUGUCAACGCAUAUGCUCAGAUACAGGUCAAAAACUCAUGUAACUAUCUGUAAGCAAAAAUACAAAUGCAGCGUGUGUAGGAGACAGCUCCGGACUAAGCUGCAUUUGAGGAAUCAUUACAGGAUGCACAUCAAAUUAGAGAAGGCUGUGUUAAAAUGUGAAGGGUGUGCAUUAACAUUCACAUCAAAAGAGAAACGAGAAGCUCACUUCAAUGCCUUGCAUGUCAAAAAGCCAUGCAAUAUAUGCAAGAAGAAAUUUCUAACAGUUCUUUUGAAGGGGCACAAAAAGCUACAUGACCUCGGAGGAAAGAGGUUGAUUUCGAAGGACACUCAAGACAAGGUCAAGAUCCUUAAAGGCAAACGUGGACAUAAGCGUGAGUCCAUGAUACCAUACCUCAAACCAAAGGAAAUCAAUAUGGAUUCAAUACUAAUGAAGAAAGCCCAGAUUUCGAAUCUGAGUUCAGAAGAACAAGAAAGUUUGAAUGAUGAUAGAAACUUCUUUAAUUGCAUUGUAAGGAGAUGUAUUGACGAACUUGGUAUUACUUCUAUAAAAGGAGACAACUUAACUAGGCUGAAAUCAAAAGUGAAAGAAUGGUUGUUGAAUGUGAAUUUUGACAAGGCAGACAUCAGUAUAAUCCUGAAGACAACAGCUUCCAAAAACAUUAGUUACAACAAAAGAAGGAGAGCGUCAAUGUCGAAAUAAAGUUAUAGGGUAUCAUCAGUGAAGUUUGGUUUAAAUAAGAAUAUGCUGGACGUUGCAAACAUUUAACUUCAAAGGAAAUCGAUGUAUUACAUUUAUCUGAUCAUUUUGUUGAUUUUUGUAUCCUGUGGUAUAGAUUUCACUACCACAAUUCUAUGCUUCCUCAUUGGAUACUGUAUAACACGAAAUGUUCGUGGGUACUUUCCUUCGUGGUUUGAAGCCAUUUAGAUCGUUUCGUGGUAAUAACUUUCGUGAAUAUCCUAUGUAAACAAAUAGUAAACAUGUAUAUCAUUCAAAUUUGUUGUAUUUAUUUUCGUGAAUUAAUAGUAACCACGAAAACCACAAAUGUUUAAACACAACGAACUUUUCAUACAGUAUCUGCAGUAUCUAAGGUUAUUUCAAUUACAUUCAAACUUCAUGGCAAUAAAGCUUACUUACAGUUACUUGGAUUUCUGGAUGUUCUCAUAAUGGAUGUAGAAGGUAUUUUUUAUAGCUAUUGCGAAUGCUUGACCGAGUGCUUUUGAGGCUCCAAAUGGGAUAGGAGAACAUUACAAAAAGAAUUGCACAUUCAUUCUCAAACAUUUCAAAACUAAACAUAAAGCAUAAUUUUCAGAUAUAUGAAACGGUGUUCAUCAAGUGGUUUUAAAUGUGGAAAAUAAUCUGAUUUCUUUAAUACACAUGCAGUUACAUUAAAAAUAAAAUUUUAAAGUAAAAUUUGUCAGAAAAAAUAAGGUAAAUAUAAAUAACUACCAGAACUAUUAUAGAUAGUUUACUGUAUAUGUCCCUUUUGGGGCUAAAAGCAAGGCCGGUUUCCUUAAUAUUAUGAUUUGAGAAUGUUUCCUGAUUAAAAAGUAGAUGUGUGGUUUUUUUCAUUUUGUUGUGUAUGUCAAAUAAAGUCUGUUUGUUUUUAUUCCAAAGACGUUUUUGUGAAAUGAAAAUAAAAUAUUGCGAAAUUCCUUUGUACAAAUUUGCCUAGCCUAGACGACUUGAUAAAAAAGGUGUUGUAGAACGUCUUUAAUUCAUCCCUUUAAUAUAUUUAUCCAAAAAAAUCUCUUUUUUUUCAUUUUUUUUCAUAGACAUUCAUUGAUAAAGAGAAUGGCAAAUAAAAUGUUCAUCUGUAUAUAGUCGGUACCUGCACUUUAAUGCAAGGUGAUUUUGUAGGGUACAACUUCGAUUGUAGAAUUUUUAUGUAAAGGUUGUUUCAUUUCUAUAAAGAAGUGCGAUACUCCGAGUUAAAAGAACUUAAAGUUGAAUUCUUCUUUGCGAUUAUAAUGAUGCAGUGGUACCAUCUAGCUUAACAUAUUUUGACACGUUGAUAAAACUUGUGUCCGAUAAAUUGGUUAAAUGAUUUGCUUUAUAAUAUGAUCAAAUUAAAUAUUCCGUUGUUGGAAAGGAUUUUAUUUUAAGUCUUGAGGUCAAUCAGAAAAGUACCAGAGUUGUUCUCAUUCAUUUGGAAACUAUAUCUAGAUUAUAAAGCUGUUUUGAAUAAAAAA